UUCAGUUGUAAGAAAGGAGGCAUACUUGCAACCUUCUGGCUCUCUCCCACUUUUGCUUCCAUUAACCUCCAUCAAGAACUUGUCGUUCUUCUUCAAUUCACAUAAAUCAAUCCUUCAAUCCCCUCUCAAAUUCCUUGUUUCAUAGCGCUUAAUGAUGCUAUUGAGAAAUUCUUCAACCCCAAUUCUUAAUUCUUGGCUUCACCAAUCCAAAUCCUCCCCUUCAGAAUCGGACCAAUUCCUCCCGUUUCGAAGAACCAAGUCGCUCUCGUUAACACCCUCUUUUCACCCUCCACCGUCUUUAUCGAAUGAUUCAGUGAAGAGGGUAACCCAAAAUCUGCUAGAAUUAGAUAUUACAGAUCCCAGAAAGAAGAUUCCGGUACCCAAGAGUUGGAAAUUUCAACCGGAAGUGAAAUCCAAGGAGAAUGGAGUAUCAGUUCGAGAUCAAGAUCUUAGACCCACUUCAGAUUCGCCGUCGUCUUCGAUUCCUGGAGAGUUUUUGAAUUCUGGGUUGGGUCUGAAAGUACCAAAUGAUGAGGUUCGCGAUGAAUGCGUUCUGCAGAUGCUGGUGGUCGACGGCGGAACGGGAAGCGACGGCGGCCGGGUGUGUGGCGGAGGAGGAGGUGGAAGCGGCGGAAGAGGUUCCAACGGCGGUGGUGGAGGGGAUUCUGAUAAGUCAGGGUUUAACAAUAGCACAGAUGCUUAUUAUCAGAAGAUGAUUGAAGCGAACCCUGACAAUGCUCUUCUACUUGGAAAUUAUGCCAAGUUCUUGAAAAAGGUUCAUGGAGAUUUUGCCAAAGCCGAAGAGUUUUGUGAGAGGGCAAUUCUAGCUGAUCCAAAUGAUUCAAGUGUUCUAUCGCUUUAUGCUGAUCUAAUUUGGCAUACACAGAAGGAUGCUCAACGAGCUGCGACCUAUUUUGAUCAAGCUGUUCAAAGUUCCCCUGAUGAUUGCUAUCUUCUAGCUUCAUACGCACGGUUUCUCUGGGAUACCGAUGUCGACGAAGAAGACGAUAUGGCACAGCAGUAUGAAACAGAGGAAAGGCAUACUUCUCGGCCCGGUUUCUCACAUCUGGCUGCAUCUUCCUAAUCUCAUCAAAUAUAUAACACACUACUACUUUCCUUGCCACUGUAAGAUAUCUUCACAUGUGUAUGAACAUGAUUCCCUCACUUGUAACCCUUUCUAUAACUCAUAAAAUGUAAAAAGUUCAUAAAUAAACCCACUUUUGAAGCCCCUUCUGCCUGUCUGUUCCAUGGAGCAAGAUUUAGCCUUACUUUCUCUGUACCUUUAUGACAAAGUUACCAAUUUGAAGAAUCAGGGUGUUGUGUUAAUCACCGUCGACACUCGAACGAUUGGGAUUGGACAUGGGUGUACGAGAUCUCUAGCCUAAUCGGACUAACAAUGGCGGUUGAUGCCUGAAUGAUCGAGGUUGGACAUGGGUGUACGAGAUCUCGAUCCCGAUCCUGAUCCUGAUCGGACUAACAAUGACACCCAUGAUGCCCAAUGGAUCGAGGUUGGAUAUGGGUGUGUGUACGAGAUCUCGAUCCUGAUCGAACUAACAAUGACCGUUGUUGAUGCCCGAACGAUCGAGAUUGAACAUGGGUGUAUGGGAUGUUGAUCCUGAUUGGAGUAACAAUGACUGUUGUUGAUUCCUGAACAAUCGAGGUUGGACAUGGUUGUACGGGAUGUCGAUCCUGACCGUUGAUUUUGUUGCAAUAAGAUGUUUUUGUUGUAUGAUAUUCUUUGUUUGUGGCAGUGUCA